GCGUGAGCAGGUGGCGGAGCUCGGCAUGGGCCUCGCCGACUCCGGCGCGAACUUCGUGUGGGUCGUCGGGGACAAGGACGCGCCGCAGCUCCCGGACAUCGACGGCGCGGCGCCCGGCCGCGGGCUGGUGGUCAGGGGGUGGGCCCCGCAGGUGGCGGUGCUGCGGCACGCGGCGGUGGGCGCGUUCGUGACGCACUGCGGGUGGGGCGGGGUGACCGAAGCGGCGGCGGCGGGCGUCCCGGUGCUGGCGUGGCCGGUGUUCGCAGAGCAGUUCUACAACGAGGCGCUGGUGGUGGGGCUCGCGGGCACGGGCGUCUCCAUGGGCGCGGAGAGGGGGUACGUGUGGGGAGGCGAGGCGCUGGGCGGGGUGGUGGUGGGCAGGGCGGCAGUGGCGGAGCGGGUGCGCAGCGCCAUGGCGGACGAGGAGCUGCGGGGGAGGGCUGGACGGGUUGGCGAGCGCGCGCGGCGCGCGGUGGAGGCGGGAGGGUCAUCGUACGAGGCCGUGGGCGCGCUGCUGGAGGAUGUGCUGCGGCCUCAACGCCAGGUCCAGGAUCUGGAUGCCGUCCGGGAGACGAGGCGGGAUGCUGAGAUUUUUAAUUAAACUAGUAAUUGGCUUGUGCGUUUGCAACGGGAGAUAACAAAAUUUCAAAGCAAUAUAUGUACAUUACGAUAUAACAAUACCCAAAAUAGCAAUUCUCUUUAGGCAUGUGAGAAUAAAUAAUGUAGUAUUUGUUUUCAUAUGCCAGGGUCUUUAGGCAUCAGAAGGAAAACAGUGCUCCCUAGUCGCGCCGUGCGAACAACCAGCUCAUACUGUAAAUGCAAGAAACAAGAUAAUUGGGAAGUGAAGUAUUUCAUCCAGUGAUCAGUGAAAUAACAUUUAGUUAGCUAGACCUAUCUAGUACAUGUGUAACAGUCACAUCUUAUAAAAUCUAUUCUAUAUGCCUGCAGCGGCG